AUGGAGAACAUCAAUAAAGGGACCGCACGCCACCGUGCCUUCAGCGUCUUCCUUUUCGACUCCAAGCACCGCCUGCUGCUCCAGCAACGUGCAGCGUGCAAGGUGACGUUCCCCCUGGUGUGGACCAACACGUGCUGCAGCCACCCACUGUACCGCCCGGAGGAGAUGGAGGAGGAAAACUCGCAGGGAGUGCGCGUAGCGGCGCGGCGCAAGCUGGAGGACGAGCUGGGAAUCGACCCAGAUACUGUGGAUGUGUCGGCCUUCACGUGCCUUGGCCGCAUGCACUACAAGGCUCCUUCUGACGGGAAAUGGGGCGAGCAUGAGAUUGACUACCUCCUAGUACUCAAGGCUGACUUGAAGGCCACUCCAAACCCUAACGAGGUGGCUGCUGUAAGAUUCGUGGAUCGAGAGGAGUUGAAGGAGCUGGUGCGCAAGGCUGACAAAAAGGAGGAUGGAGUGGUGCUGUCGCCAUGGUUCCGUCUUGUAGUGGACCGGUUCCUCCCUGCCUGGUGGGACCAUCUAGAUGCAGGCACGCUCACAGAGGUGGACUAUUCCGACGGCAAGGAACUGGUGGUGUUCCUCAUAGAUGCAGGGCCGGAUAUGUUCCUGCCUUACCACGACGACGAGGAAGAGGUUGAGGCAGGAGCUAGCUUAGGUACUCAAACCAGUGCGGCCAGCUUAGAGAGGCAGAGAGGAGGGGAGGAGGGCACGGGAGGUGCCGGCGAGAGGACGUAUUUCGAGGAGGUGUUGCGAGCGCUGGUGGGUGACCUAAAGACAAGAAUUAUUUCCCGGGAGAGCGACCUCGUCUCGAUUGCUUUCUUCAACACGCGCACGAAGCAAAAUGUACAAUCGGCAGAGGGCGUGUUUGUGUUUCAGGACAACCAGCAGACGUCAGCACAGCUCAUCAGAGACUUUUCAAACCUUCCAGAGACGUUUGAGAAAGAUAUUGGGUCGGGAAACUGGUUGAGGGGGAAGGUGAAGCCCCACGACAACCCAAUCUCAAAUGCCCUGUGGGUCGUGCAAGGGCUUCUGCGCACUGGAUCCACGUCACAGGAGGUGCUGAAGAACGUGCUUCUCUUCACCAAUGACGAUGACCCCUUUGGAGCCAUCUCCAACGAGGGAGUGCGGAGCGACAUGCGGCGCACCACCAUACAGAAGGCCAAGGAUGCACGGGCACUGGGCAUUCAGAUUGACCUCUUUCCGCUCAGCCGCCCGGGGGAGAAGUUCAACUCCAACAUCUUCUUUGCGGACAUGCUAGGUGUUGAUGAUUCACAGCGAGUGGGCUUCCAACCAGAGGAGCACAGGCUGAGCGACCUGCAGCAGCGGCUGCGCAAGAAGGUGUAUCGGCGGCGAAUGGUGAAGCGAAUCAUGUUCGCCGUGCUGCCUCACCUCCACAUCGCCCUCUCCUCCUACGCUCUCAUCCGCCCUGCCAAGAUCCAAAAGCAAGUGUAUGUGAGGGCGGUGGACAAUCGCACUGUGAAGGUGGAGACAGCCCUGGUGUGUCAGGACACGGGGGCAGUUCUCCACGGCCCGCUGCCACGUUACCUGCCCAUUCCAGGCGGCACGCGCAUCAUCAUGGCAAAGGCGGAGGUGGACCAGGUGAAGGCGGUGUCCCCCCACGACCUGCUGUUGCUGGGCUUUAAGCCGCUCCACUGCCUCAAAGACUACCACAACCUGCAGCCGCCCACCUUCCUCUUCCCAGACGAGGAGACCCUCUCUGGUAGCACGGCUGCAUUCAUUGCCCUGCACAACGCAAUGCUGGACGCAAACAGCUUUGCACUGGCAUGUUGGGCCAAGAUCGGCUUGCCACGUCUUGUCGCCAUUGUUCCCCAGCAAGAGAAGGUGGACGAGAGUGGCACGGAGGUGCAGCCGGCAGGGUGGCACAUGAUUCCUCUGCCCUUUUAUGAUGACCUCCGACCAGCCGAGAAGGUGCAGCCGGCAGGGUGGCACAUGAUUCCUCUGCCCUUUUAUGAUGACCUCCGACCAGCCGAGAAGGUGAGAGCAGCUGAGCAGGUGACUUCUGAGAGGGAAUGCUCCUUUCUUGUGCUAUCUGCAGCAGACAUCUCCAUGCCCCCAUCUCCAUGCCCCCAUCUCUAUGCCUUUAUCUCCAUGCCCAUCUCCAUGCCCAUCUCCAUGCUCAUCUCCAUGCCCAUCUCCAUGCCCAUCUCCAUGCUCAUCUCCAUGCCCAUCUCCAUGCUCAUCUCCAUGCCCAUCUCCAUGCUCAUCUCCAUGCCCAUCUCCAUGCCCAUCUCCCCACUCCUCCCUCCGCCACUCCGUCACCAGGGUGCAAAGGGCGCUGGGGGGGAAGGGGAGCAGGAGGGCAGUGGAGGGGAGGUGGUAUCUGCACCGAGGGCGGAUGCAGAGCAGGUGGCAACUGCCACAACGCUCAUGCGCUACAUGCACCUCAAGGACUUCAGCCCACUCAACAUCCUCAACCCUGGUGGGUCUGCGUAUUUGCAUGCACGCAUGGGUGUUAAGAGCAGAGCAGCGCUCAUGCGCUACACGCACCUCAAGGGCUUCACGCCUCUUGACAUCCUCAACCCUGGUGCGUCCGCUUGUUCCCAUGCAUGCAUGCAUGGGCGGGCAGAGCAGAGCAGCCCUCAUGCCCGCACGCACCUCAAGGACUUCACGGCUCUUAACAUUCUCAACCCUGUCAUCCAGACGCACUACUCCAUGCUGGAGGCCAUAGCGCUGGACCUACCCGAGGUGCAGCCUGUGGUGGACACGACCUUGCCGGAUUACAACAUCUUCCUGCCCCCACUCUCCGACACCAACCAGCCUCGAAAAAAAGGGAAAGCUGUUCGUGCAACUGCGGCUUUGAGGCAUUUCAAGGACGCAGUAUACGGCCCGGGGCAUGAUGAGGAGGAGGCGCAAAGAACAGCUACAGCUCGAGCCAAGGCAGAUGCUGCUGAGAAGAAACGCAAGGCCACUUACGAUGCCGCUACCGCCAAGGCCGGUGUUGUGGAUUGGCGGGGUCUCGCUGAGAAAGGGAAGGUGAGUUAA